AUGUCGACAAAAAUGCGCUCAGUCCCUUCUCAGUUAUCACACGCAACAAUCACAUCAAAGGAGAAGCAAUUUCUCUCUCUCGCUGCAAGACUGGAGAGCCGCGAUUGGGUUCGGUCUUGCACUCUAACUCUUCGUUGCGAGUCGUCAAGAGCAAGAAGAGUUUCGGGCGGUGGAGAUGUAGAAAAAGGAAUUAGGUGCCGGAGCUCGCAAAGGCCGAGAAAUUUACAACGUAGAUGGCUGAGAUAUCUCAACGGUGACAGCAGAGGAACGACGGAAACCUUGCAGCACAGGAGAAGAUGGCGCAAAGCUCGCGGAGAAGAAGGAUCCUAUGAUGCAAGCAAUAUAUUGACGGACAUAGGACACAUGCUUGCCAACGGGAGAAUGGAUGUUCCACUCAGCAUAUGCUUUGCAACUGCGCAUUCUCUAGGAAAUGUUGCCCUUUGGGAUUGGAUACUCAGAAAUGACCAGCCAGUGAUCAAGGUCCUCAUUAACAAUGGCGUCACGCUGUCGUCGAGGAUGUCGGCCAGUUAG